AAUAAUCCAAUGAUCAAUCAGGCACCGUUCUCCAGUAUCACGAAGUCCAAACAGUUGCUCCUCAAGUUCUUAGUCAACUGCUGACACGCGAGUGAGUCAGUCUCCCCUGACGGGAGAACUAGCUGCUGAUUGAAAGAAAAAAAUAGCCUCAACAACUGGUGGCAAAGACCGAGGGCAGGCAAGUGUCACAGCAAAAGUGGAGUAAAAAAAUUAUACCGAGAGACUGGAGGGAGUUGAACUGUGUAAAAAAGACUUUUCAAGACAGAUGCUUUCGCGCGCCGUCACGUGCGGUGGAGGUUUUUUUUGCUACCGGUUACACGGACAAUGUCCAAAUUGUCACGUACAACCGCCCUCGAGUUCAUAUCGAAUUGGAGUACCGAUGAGGUUGUUGAGGUGCUGAAGAAAAAUGACCUGGGAGAGUGCUGUCAAGCGAUACUUAAACGACAAAUCGACGGUGACGAGCUGCUGCACUUGACAACUGGUAAAUUAGCACUCUGGAAGAGCGAUUUGUCACGUGAUCAAAUAUGGACUCUCUGGAAUUUCGUAGAGGCAAUAAUGCGAUCCCCAGAGGAUUACGUUCCACCAUCCCCUUACCGCCCCCCGGAGGAGGCACUGAGCGAUUCUGGCUCCUGGGGAUCAGAUUUCGAUGACCACGAGGAUCAUCCCGAGGAGUCCUGGGCCCCAGUCACCCGGCCAACGCCCCCGACCGAGCGUAAUGCCAAUUUUCGCAACAGUCUCGCCCUGUUUGAGCACAACGGCCAGCCCCCGAGUAAAAAAGUCUCUCCAAAAGCCCCAGAAACCCCCGAGAGCAUCUACAUGAACUGUCCCUCGGACGACGAGGACACAACGUACAUAAACGUCGAGCCACAGAAGCCGCCCCCUCCCCGGACACUCCCCCAACUGCAGAGCAAGGUCGAUACAUCGCUCGCUGAAAAAUUGAACGAAGAGCUGAAGCUGACGAUGCAAAAAGACAAUUCCACAAGAAAACCUCCCGAGAUAGCACCACGACCCAAUCCGCCCCCUUCACUGUUCUCAAAGCGGCCCCAGAUGACACACCCGAGGCCCCAACAGAUCGUGAAGAAACCCAUGCCCCCGCCCGCGAACCCCAAGAAACUUCCUAAGGUCCCUGAUCGCUCGGACGAAUUACCCAGACCUCCCAAGAUGCUCAGGAAUUUUGAUUUGGUAGCCAAUUUACCCACUAAAACCGAGGAAAGUGACGAUGACUAUGAGGCCAUCGAUGGCCAGGUGGCACUCCAGCAUCAGCAGAAAUUCGGAAGCAAACAGUCGAUGCUGGGAUCCGUGGAGAGCAUCUACAAACCGUCGAGCAGCACUACGAGUCAGGAGAAGGAGGAUGAUUUCUAUGAGUGCAUCACCGAAUCACCGGACGACAAUGCAUAUUACGUCCAGCCGAUAUCCUCUGCGGCUAUCCUAGCAGGUCCACCUCCACUGCCGCUGAAGCCGACUACACCUGAUGCUCCACCCCCCUCAAAUCCGCGGAAAAUGAGUCUCCCGUAUGAACGUCCGCUGGAGAAGAAGCAAUCUCCAUUGCAUCAUUACGGUAGCAACUCGUCUCUGUCGGAGAUGAGAGCUACGAGACCGCUCCCACCGCCUCCUGACAGACUGACUUACGUGGAUCAACCCUGGUUUCACAGCAUUACCCGAGAACAGGCCAAUGCUCUUAUUAAAGAACGUCCUCACAAAGGUUAUUUCCUGCUGAGGCCUUCAAACACAAAUCCGAACAAUCCAUUCGUCCUCACCCUGUGGUUCAACGACGGAGUUUAUAACGUACAAGUUCGGAAACGCCCUGACAACAGAUACGCCUUGGGAUCGCCACGAGCCCAAGAGCAAUCCUUCACGAGUGUCGAGGAAAUAGUGCAAUUCCACUCCCGUGAGGAGCUUCCCCUGUGCAGGGGACGUGUACAAACUGGAAGCACAUUGCUAACGGAUACGCCCCCGAAGAGAUCGAAUUCCUGAAUAAUAAAGUCACGCCGCUCAAUCAAAGCCCAACGACGCUGGACUGAUCUCAUCAUCGUCGUCUCCACCUAAUUCACCAAUUUACGACUGAUUUUUAAUGAAUCCCAUGUGCCUUGGUGUCGUGACCCGCGCACUGUCACUUCUCCAUGACUUAACGCGAAUUCAUCGUUUCGCUUGAAUGUGAAAAUGUCGCAGGUCUUCGUCACAAUUCAAUUGUGUCCAUAUUUACUUAACUGCGAAUUUGUACAUUGAGUAAUUGAGACUACACCUUGGAGCUUUUUCUAAUAAUUUUAUUGAGUAUUUUUAAGCUUUUGUUGAGGUAACGCGUAUGCUAAGUUUCAAAGGAAAAUUUAGCAGAUUUGAUAGAUAAAUUUUUUACAUUGCUAUUCGUUUUUUCAUGGAAAUACUCGAUAGAUUCUAUAGAGAACAUCAAUAGAAUUUUUUUUUUCUUUACAAUUUUUCUGUUGAGGAAUUUUUUACAGAAAUUUCUCCGCUCGAAUAUUUCAAAUUUUUGAUUCGAUUUUUAAAUCAAACGGAACGAAAAUAUUUGAUUGAAAAAAUUCAGUAGAAUUCUACUGUCCUAAUUAUCUGAAGAUCUUUGUAAGAAAUAUUUUUGUGCACAGUUAUUACUGAGCUCUGCUUUUAUGUACCUAAAUGCUACCGACCGUGACAGGGAGAAUCGUUAAGUGUUCAAAACAAUGUAAUAUUGCAACCACUGGACAUAUUCAUAUCCGGAGAUAUUUCUUAAAAGAGAAAAUCGAAAAAUCGCCCAUUGAAUUGGGGCUGAAAAUCCCUUUCGACAAAUUUUUUUCAUUCACUCCAGUUACCACCAAACAUCUCUCAAACACGCGACGAUUCACAGCAAUUUUGAUAAAUAUGCAUUUACUUUAGAAUAAAGUAUUUUAUAUUUUAUACACGUCGAUUUACACUUGUGAUUGUCGCUGAAUGUUCAAAUGAAAAAUUAGUAGGAUUAUUUUCAUGUGAUAAUCAGAGGGAGGGCCGGAGGGAAGUGGAUAGAGAUUUUAAGAAUAUUGAAGAAAUAAAUGAGUAUGUGAAGCCUU